ACUGCUUCUCUGGCCGAAAACGAACAAAAAAGAUGAGAGGGACCAACAUGAAGCAACGACACCGACACGUUUCUCACAUAGCCUGAAAAAUUGAGCUGUUUUGCUAUGACAAUGCGAUAAACAGCUAUUUUACCGUUUUAUCCGGCUGAAUAAGUAGCGAGAGAAAGUUUUAGCCUGACGUUACUCCUAGCAAGCCUGCUACGGUCAUUUGUUGCUCUGGAGAAGAAGAGUUCUGCUCAACUGGAGAGAGACACGAAGAAAAAUGGUUUCGUGGAUUAUAUCUAGAGCUGUUGUCCUUGUGUUCGGGACACUUUAUCCAGCGUACUACUCCUACAAAGCAGUCAGGACCAAGAAUGUAAAAGAAUACGUUCGUUGGAUGAUGUAUUGGAUCGUGUUCGCUCUUUACACUGUAGUGGAGACAAUCACAGACCUCUCCUUGGCAUGGUUCCCGUUGUACUACGAGCUGAAAGUGGCUUUUGUUAUCUGGCUGCUGUCGCCGUACACCAGAGGAGCCAGUCUGAUCUACAGGAAGUUCCUGCACCCCCUGCUGGCCUCCAGAGAAAGGGAAAUAGAUGAUUAUAUCGUCCAGGCCAAAGAGAGGAGCUACGAGACGAUGGUGAGCUUUGGCAGGCAAGGCCUGAGCAUCGCCGCUACCGCUGCUGUCUCUGCUGCAGUCAAGGGACAGGGCGCCAUCAGUGAGCGUCUGCGGAGCUUCAGCAUUCCUGACAUCACACAGGUCCCUUCUGACCAAUCGGCUUUCGGCAGAUCUCUCCAGCGGGCCAGUCAGAAUUCAAACCCCAGCAUGGAGGACUCUGAGCAUUACCCAUAUAAACAGGAAGAGGAUGGGCAUGAAGAGGAAGUAGACGGAGCAUAUUUGGAGGAUGAGUCAUCGCUGCCGAAAGGUCUGCGCAGAUCACAGAGUGUGAAGAUCACCCGUUCCAAAGCAGUGCGCAAAGAGCCUCGAUAUGGCUCACUGAAGAUUAAAAGCAGAAGGAGGCCGAUGAUCACUUCCAGCACGUUUGAACAGCCCUGAUCAACCCAAAAUCAUCUUUAUAGAGGAGCCUCUGUAUGGACGACUUGGUCAUUCUGUACCACACUCCAGAGAAACCUCUAUAUUAACAGCCUUAAUCAUCCUGUAAUAUACGAGAGGUGUCAGUAGGAACAGCCUUGAUCAUCCUGUAACAGAUACAACAGAACCCUCUAUAUGAACAGCCCUGGUCAUCCUGUAACAAACACCAAAGAAGCCUUAGUCAUUCCAUACUGUGCUCCAGGGGAGACUCCAUAGUAACAAUUUUCAUCAUGUCAUCACAUCAGUCAUCCUGUAACACACAACAGAAGCUUCUAAAUCAACAUCCUGUAACACAGUCCACAGAACCUUCUGCAUGUACGGGCAUGGUCAUACAUUCUGUGGACAUUCUGCAAAGGAACAUCUUCAUAAACUGGCCUGGUCAUCCCGUACCGUGCUCCAAAGAAACCGUCAUAUUAACCACAUUCCCCAUCAUGUAGCGCACCAAAGAACAGCUGUCCACUGAAACUAAUGUCUGAACAGUGGUCAUCCUGUAACACAAUGUACAGAAACUGUCUUUCACCUGUGGUCAUCCUGCAACACUCUCCACAGUAGCUUCUGUCUGAACAGUCUUGGUCAUCCUGAAACACAGUCCACAGAAACUAACGUCUGAAUAACUGUGCUCAUCCUGCAACACUUCACAAAGGCUAAGAACUGGCGUGGUCAUCUUCUAACACAGUCCAGAAAACUAAUGUCUGAACAGCUGUGUUUAUCUUGUAACACUUAGAAACUUCUGUAUGAACAGCUGUGGUCAUCCUGUAGCAAUCUCUGCAGAAACGUCAGUAUGAAUGGCCAUGGUCAUCCUGUAACACGGUCCAUAGAAUCUAAUGUCUAUACUGCUGUGGUCAUCCUGUAACACUCUCCAAAGAUGUUUCUGUAUGAACAGCUCUGGUCAUCCUGUAACAUUCUCUGCAAAAGCUUCAGUAUGAAAAGUCGUGGUCAUUCACUAUUCACAGAAGCUCCUGUAUGAACAACUAUGGUUUUUCUGUAACACUGUCAGUGGAAACUUCUGUUUGAACAACAGUGGUCAUCCUGUGACAUAGUCCAAAGAUACUUCUGUAUGAACAGCCGUAGUCAUCCAGUAGCAUGGUACACAGAAGCCUUUGUAUGACCAGUCAUAGUCAUCUUGAAACACUGUCAGUGGAAGCUUCUACUGUGGUCAUCUGGUCCAAAGAAACUUUUGUAUGAACAGCCGUGGUCAUCCUGUAACAUGCGGCAUAUCUCGCUGAACACUACGGUGAGGACUCCACCCUGAAUCUGCAGCCCUGUUCAUUACUGCACAUCUUCACAUUCAUAGCAUGUUUGUCAGUUUGUUGCUUUGUUUUAAUGUUUUUCACCAACAAACCUACAUUGGAAAGUGCUUUUUUCAUUUCUGCAUGAAUCUUUUUAGAAGGUAUUUAGUUAUUUUCUAUUUAAAGUCUUAAAAGGACGACAUCAGUCGACAGUAUGGAUGGUAAAUUGAACUUAAUGGCCUUGUAAAUUGUUUGUAUCUUUAUGUAGAUGAAUUCUGCACAAAGGCCGUCUUCACAUCCAACACUGAGUGCGUUUACAUGCACUCAAUAAUCCGAUCAUAAUCGGAUUUCUGCAGUUGUUCGAUUAUUCAAAUGGUCAUGUAAACACCAUAUUAUUAUGAUUAUUAAGUGCAUGUAAACGUACUCAUUAAUACGCGUCCUCCGAUCAUAAGUGAACAGCGCUGACUACUGUGUGAAUGCGGUCCAGUGUAUCUCCAAGAUCUGAAUUGCUCAAACCACCUUUGGAUGGGUUCUAGUCACAAAAUCUGAUCACCUGGUCGCUGGAGACACAUUUGAGACACAUGGAUUUAUCAGGUCAAAACAGCUGUACGUCUCACUGUCCACUCAUAAUCAGAUCAGUGGAGACGCGUGUUCCUACCAAGUGUGAGCAGGGCCAGGUGAAGACCCAAAGAUUUAAAAUCUGCAUUUUGGACCUUAUCGUCUUACUGUACUAUGCAUUGCGAUGUGAGAAAUCACAUCAUGAAAAACUGAGUAAAUUAGGAAUUAGCUGAAUAAUGAGUGCUGUUAUAUAUUACUUACGCACUGCAGGCUAUCUUCAGCGUUUCAGACUAACUCUGCCUCUUAUAUGUGAGUUAGAGAGCGAGAAUGAGGUGAUAUUUCGUGCCUCUUGUUUACACUUUAAAUAUUUUCUCUGCCUUUUAAUUCUAUGAUUAUGUUCAGCUCCGUUUCUUACAACAGUAUUUGCAAAUGCUGUCUCCAAACUGAAUGUAUAGACUGUUUUCUAAUACACUAAGCGCAGUGCUUUUGCAGUGGAUUUAAUUAUAAUUUUUAGUCUAGUUUAGGGUUUCAUUGAAUUAUUAUUAUUAUUAUUAUUAUUAUAUUAUUAUUAUUAUUGCUCUAUAAAAGGAGAAAACGGUUUGGUCCGUAAAGAAAGUAAAUGCGAAAUAUUUGUCAGUGUGAGUUCUGUGGUUUGUUAGGUUUUCAGUGUUUGCCUUUACAGUGUUGAACUGCAGUUUACUCGUAAUGUGUGUAUAGAGGUGGGUGAUAUGGCAAUAAUACAUUUUGUCCCCUUGGAAUUAUAAAAUAUAAACAUGUUGCUGAAACUCUGCCUGUU